AUGGAUCACUCAACGAGUCGAAGGAAAAUUUUCGCUUUUGUUAUUGAGGCUGGAAUCAAAUUAGAAGCGAAAAAUUCAACGAUAUGUACUGCUGCAGUUUUAACGUAUCGGACAUUAAGGAAGAGUAAUGCUUCUGAACUGUGUCCUUAUACUGUUGCUUCGGCAUGUCUUCUGUUGGCGGCUAAAGUAGAAGAAGAUGAGAUGGCGAAAGUCAAGGGCUUAACUAGAUUUGCAUUGAGCAUACUACAUCCCCGUGAACCGAUCCUGCAAAUCAAUGACGAGUCAUGGGUAUUACGAACGAGCCUUUCACGAAUGGAAUAUGUUGUGCUGCGAUUAUUGAAAUUUCGUUUAUCUGUGGAAAAUCCUCAUAAGUAUUUACUCCAUUAUAUCUCCUCACUGAUGCAUUGGUGCCCGCAUGAAUUUACAAAAUUCCACAUUGGUACAAUUUCAUUUAUCAUAUUGCGUGAUGCACAUGUGGAUCCGGAUUGGGUACUUUCACAUAGCCCACAAACCAUCGCAAUUGUGUGUCUCGCAGUUGCUCUUCGUGUUGCAAAGGUUUCAAUUGGUGUUCGUUGGUAUUCUGUCUUCUACUCAUCAAUGACGAGAUCAAAAUUACGACGUCUGGAAGAUGAAUUGGUGACGUUAGUGUUGAAGCGAUAA